GGGGCUAAGCAGCCAAGAGUUAUACUGUGCGGAUGACUACAGAAAAAUAUUGCUGCAGGACAUGAACAUCAGCAAUUGUGACCUGCCAGAUAUCAGUGUCAGCCACAGCAACCUCACAGUUGUUGAAGGUGAUCGAGUAACAGCCAUCUGUAAUGGAUCUGGAUCGCCGUUACCUGAGGUGGACUGGCCUGUAAAUGGCUUGCACUCUGUCACUGCUCAAGAGAACAACACCGUUCACUCCAUCAAAAUCACCUUGGUCAAUGUGAGCAGAGAUGACAACAACUUCCUGCUAACUUGCACUGCCACCAACAUAGUGGGCAUGACCAACGCCUCUGUUCAGCUAACUGUUCACUUUCCUCCCACCAUUGUGAAGCUGAAGGAGCCAGAACGGCGUCACGACACCUGCAUAGAGUUUACAGUUCGUGGUUCUCCGCACCCGACCUUAAGAUGGUUCUACAAAGAUAAGGAAAUUUCCCACACUGAAUAUGUGCGUCCUGAUAUGGAUAUUUACCAGGAUUACGUAGAGGGCUGCUUGACCUUUAAAAACCCAACACACCACAAUAACGGCAACUACACACUGGAGGCUACCAACUACCUGGGUGCAGCCAGCAGCACUGUGUACGGUCACUUUCUCGACAAGCCCUUCGAUGACUGGAGUCCAUGUCCUCCACUGUACCAGACUCACAAACCUGUGGAAGACACUUUUGGGGUUUCCAUAGCAGUUGGCCUGGCAGGGUUUGCCUGUGUAAUGCUGGUAGUUCUAUUCCUCCUCAUCAACAAGUAUGGACGGCGAUCAAAGUUUGGAAUGAAAGGUCCAGUGGCGGUGAUUAGUGGUGAGGAAGACUCUGCCAGCCCCCUUCAUCAUGUGAACCAUGGGAUUAUCAGCCCCUGUACACUGGAUGCUGGCCAAGAUGCUGUGGUAAUUGGAAUGACCAGGAUACCUGUUAUAGAGAACCCACAGUACUUCAGACAUGGACACAACUGCAACAAACCUACCACCUAUGUUCAGCAUAUUAAACGGCGGGACAUUAUUUUGAAGAGGGAACUCGGAGAGGGAGCCUUUGGCAAGGUCUUCUUAGCCGAAUGUUACAACCUGAGUCCCACCAAAGACAAGAUGCUGGUAGCUGUGAAGACUCUGAAGGACCCCACUCUUGCAGCCAGGAAAGAUUUCCAGCGUGAGGCUGAGCUGCUGACGAACCUUCAGCACGAGCACAUAGUGAAAUUUUAUGGAGUGUGUGUGGAUGGAGACCCUCUCAUCAUGGUCUUUGAGUACAUGAAGCACGGAGAUCUCAACAAGUUUCUCAGAGCCCAUGGCCCAGAUGCGAUGAUCCUGGUGGAUGGGCAGCCUCUGCAGACCAAUGGUGAGCUGGGUCUGUCCCAGAUGCUCCACAUAGCCAGUCAGAUCGCAGCUGGGAUGAUCUACUUGGCAUCUCAACACUUUGUGCAUCGUGAUUUGGCAACCAGGAACUGCUUGGUGGGAAAUGGCCUUCUGGUGAAAAUAGGAGAUUUUGGCAUGUCCAGAGACAUUUACAGCACAGAUUAUUACAGGGUGGGAGGUCACACGAUGCUGCCUAUCCGUUGGAUGCCCCCGGAGAGCAUCAUGUACAGGAAGUUCACCACAGAGAGCGAUGUGUGGAGCUUUGGAGUCAUUCUGUGGGAGAUCUUUACUUACGGCAAACAGCCGUGGUUCCAGCUCGCCAAUAAUGAGGUGAUAGAGUGCAUCACUCAGGGCAGGGUACUGGAGCGCCCCAGGCUCUGUCCCAAGGAAGUCUACGAUAUUAUGUUAGGCUGCUGGCAGAGGGAGCCACAGCAGCGCCUCAACAUUAAGGACAUUCAGAAGAUGCUGUUUACUCUGAUGAAAGCCACACCAGUCUAUCUGGACAUACUGGGAUAA